AGUUUUCUGUGGACGCAUUGCUCUCUGAGUAACAAUGUCCUGACUGGGCCGCCGUAAUAGGCCUUUUUGCGGUGGGUGGAGUUAAACCGAGGUGACCCCCCCCCCCCCCCCAAGCCGGAGCCGCCGCUGCCAGCAACAUGUUCAAGGUAAUUCAAUGGUCAGCAGGUUCUGCCAGUCUGAGUCUUCUUUCCUUCAAAGUCUAUGCAUCUCAUAAAAAGGAGAAAAGGGACAAAUGUUCAGUCAAAGUUGAUGAGCUUUCACUCUACUCAAUUCCAAGCUUUGAGUCCAAAUAUGUGGAGGAACCAAGAAGCCCCUUGGAGGAAGGCAUUUCACAACUUAGAAAGUAUGCUGUACCAUAUGCAUAUUGGUUUCAGGUUGCUUAUGACAAAACUAAGCCCACAAUAGAUGGUGCCAUUCAACAAGGGAUAGCCAGCUGCGAAUUUUUUCAAAAUCCACCUCCAGGAUUUUUGCCAAGACUUGGUGUGAUUGGAUUUUCUGGAAUUUUGGGAUACUUUUUUGCUAAAGGUUCAAAAUUAAAGAAGCUCCUGUAUCCAGUUGGUUUCAUGAGCAUUACUGCAUCUGUCUAUUAUCCACAAGAAGCUUUUGAAUUUGCACAGGUCAAUGGGGAGAAAUUGUAUGAUUGGGGCCUGCGAGUAUUCAUAAUCCUAGAAGAUGUGUGGAAGACAUACUUUCAAACGGAUGCAAAUCAGAAGGUUGAAGAUGUGAAGCAGUCAUCUAAACAAAGAAAUAAAUAGAAUGGUUCUACUGCUGCCCAUUUUCAACAGAUGUACUCCAAAGACUUCAUGCAGAAACCAGUAUUUUGAACAGAUAAAGAAAGAUGCCAGAGAUGUUGAUAUUGAAUGCAAUAAAGUAUCUUUCUUUUUCAUGAAAAACCUACAUUUGUCCUCUUUGUUAUCUCUGGUGAUGCCAUAUUUCUGAAUGUACUGGUUUGAUAUUCUUUUACCUAGAGAUAAUUUAUAAGUCCCUGAACUCCUUGUACUUUUGUUGCUACUCAUGUACAUAAUUAAAAUUCAAGUAAAUACAAA